CCGCACACACAUCGUGCCCUUCCUGCACUGCACUGCACUGUACUGCACUGUGUGCCGUUCUGCGCCCGCCAAGCCACGCGGAAUAAUCCUUCGUCCCCCCCCCCCCCCCCCCCCCCCCCUCCCUACUUGCCCGCGUCCGCUUUUCCCCGAAUCUGGGCGCGAUCUCUCCCGCCAUCGUGCUGCUGUCGUGACGCUUUUUGCCGCCCGCCCUCACCUCGAUCUCCCGCUUCCUUCCCCGCCAUCGCCACCGCCAUCGCCCGCGACCUCGUUCACCCUUUGCCUGCCCUCGGUGCCAGGUAACCGUGCUUCCCGCCGCUGGAACUGUUUGCAUCUCUCUUCACCUGUUUUCACAUCUCUUCCCACCACCACCAUUUCACCUGUUUUCACAUCUCUUCCCACCACCACCAUUUCACCUGUUUUCACAUCUCUUCCCGCCACCACCAUUUCACCUGUUUUCACAUCUCUUCCCACCACAGUUUGACCUGUUUUCACAUCUCUUCCCACACCACCAUUUGACCUGUUUUCACAUCUCUUUCGCUUACGCAACUACCGCGAGGAUCUUCCUGCGCAAACGGGAGGAAGGAGGAAACAAAGCAAGGAAGGAAGGACGGCGGAGGAGAGGAGGAAACGGGUAGGGAGCGGAGCAGAUCGUCAAAAAUACACGGCAAUGACAGCUGCAGCCAUUGGAAUGAUGGACGGCGCUUAUUUCGUAAGCCGGUCCGAGAUUCUGAGUUGGAUCAACUCAACUCUGAGUCUCAACAUACAGAAAGUCGAAGAGACUGCAAAUGGCGCUAUUGCAUGUAAACUGCUUGAUGUUGUGCAUCCGGGGGUUCCUCCUAUGCAUAAGGUCAAUUUCGAAGCCAAAAGUGAAUAUGAGAUGAUACAGAACUAUAAAGUGCUUCAAGAGGUGUUUGCCAAGUUGAACAUUUCAAGGCACAUUGAAGUCAACAAGCUAGUGAAGGGGCGGCCUUUGGACAAUUUGGAGUUCAUGCAGUGGCUGAAGCACUACUGUGAUACUAUAAGCCGCGGCGUUGUUCCCCAGGGGUACAACGCACCAGAAAAGCGAGAGAAAACGGGCAAAGUUGGAAAGGAAGCGAGCAAGAAGUCUGCUGCUGCACUUGCAGAUAAGCAAACCAGCACAGCAUCCACGGUCUCUCACAGUUCUCAUUCCUCACAUGCAUCGUCAACAGGCUCGUCCCACGUGGUGUCUAGACCUGCUUCGAAGAGUUCAGCCGCAAAACGCACUGAAUGUGCAGCUUCUCGAACGGGCAUGAGUAAGGGAGCGGCGACAGCUAAUGGCAAUGCACAGAGUGCUGUGCAAGCACUGGAGAAGCAGAAUCAAGCACUUAAUGAGCAGUUGACGGAACUGAAGCUCUGUGUCGACAGCCUUGAAAAAGAGCGGGAUUUCUACUUUGCGAAAUUACGAGAUAUCGAGAUAUUGUGCCAGAGCGGAGAGCUUGAAAAUAUACCGGUUGUAAUGGCUGUUCAGAAGAUCUUGUAUGCUGCGGAUGACAGCCCGUCAGUCAUCACUGAAGCACAGGCAGUUGUAGCAGAAGCCCAAGAAGGACGGAAUGGCGCGGACGAUGGCGUUCAACGGUCAGAAAAUGGCGGUGAAGUAUCUGAUAAUUGAUCAAGCAAAGGGUUUGGGUUUGUGAUGCUGAUGGGCAGGGAGGGGGAGGGGGAGAGGGAGGGGGAGAGGGAGGGGGAGGGGGGGAGGGGCAUUGCGCUAUUAAGGGCUUUGGGAGAAGUUAUGUUCACCUGGGCAGAAUGGAGGGGUUUGGUUAAGUGUUAAGCUCGUAUUUCUUUGCUGUUCAUUUCUUUUGCCAGCAUUCCUUUGUACUUGUUCUCUUCUUUCUCUACAGCAAAUUGCUGUUUUCUUUGCUGGCAGCCUGCCGCCACAAUUGUUCUCCUAAGCUGAUGUUUCUCGUAGUACAUGCCCCACACACACCAUCGCGACCAUCCGGUGCUCUGUCUGCUCUGUCACAUUUACGAUAUCCACACCGCUUCCUCGUUACCUGCCUUUUCUUCACCGUAGGUCUAAUUACUGUUAGGAGACAUGUCAUGUAGGGAUAUGUGCUGAGCAGGUCUCACCUGGUAUUCCCUAGUCUUUCAAUUUG